CACAUCCCCACCAGGCCAUCCCCAUACCUCGUCCAGCACUCGCCCGCUGCACCCUCGGGCGACACGCGCUAGGCGGUCGUCGCCAGCAGUACAUGUGCGUUCCCCGCUGCAGGUGCCACUAUGCCCAAACGAGACCGCGAUGAGGCCGUCGCCGAGCUCAGCUCCACCAUCUUCUCCGCGAUGCUCGAGGAGAUCCUCAUGGACGUCGUGCAGCAGUCGCACAAAGAGGUCGCCCGCGCGCGGGCGGUAUGCGACGUCUGCCAUACGAGGUGCAAUUCAGUCCAUGUGCCUGGUCCAUCCAACGGGGGCAACUCCAGGGUGCCCACACCGAAUGGCGAGACGAACAGCCCCGCGGGUACGGGGGCGAACACGCCCGUGAAUGGGACGUCUAAGGACGGCAACGUGUACCUUGCGUGCCUCGAGUGCAAGCGCGAGAUAUCGUCGAAUAGGUAUGCGACGCAUUUGAGCAGCUGCAUGGGUAUCGGGAACAGGCGCGGCGCGGCGCGCGGCGCGACCGCGAAGUCGAAGAUGGGCAGCGAGAUGGGCAAGUCGGCGUCGCCGCGGCUGGCGUCGGAGGUUGCGCAUCUGUCAGACGAUGGCGGUGGUGGGAGGGCACCGCCUACGAAAGGCAAGGGCAAGGCGAAGGGAAAGAAGACGGAUGACAGCGCUCUCAAUUCCAACGGGAAACGCAAUGGUUCUCCAUCUAUAUCUCCUGCGAAGAAGUCGAAGAAACAGAAGACGGGAGCUGCAGGCCGUAUCAAAUCCGAACUCGAUUCACCUGGGUCGCCGUCUAACCUCUUACCCGUUCCAUCCUCCACCGCACGGAUCCCCUCAAGACUACGAGAAUCCUCAAUUGCAUCUUCAUUCCAGCGAGACCGACGUUCCUCAUCCCCUGAAUCACCGACACGGUCCUCGCCCGCGCGCUCCAUCUCGACACAGGCGUCUACUGUCAUUCGGAGCCCUGCGAUUAGCAGCGCUAAUAUCAAGAGCAAGCAGACGAAUGGCAAAGGCCGCGGCGCGGGUGCGCCUCCGCGACUGCCUAGCCCACCGCGCCCACCUCCACCAGUCCCUAUUAUCAGAAUGCCCGACACAGACUACCUCGUCGAUGUGGAAGGAGAGGAGACAGGCUCCUCUACGGACACUGACAGCGACUGACGGACUCAUCUCAAUUCGCAUCUCACACUGGACAGGCCAGACAGGGAUAUUUAUGCAUGCUAUCGAUUUUUGAUUUGUACAGCGUCGACUCUUCGUCAUCAGUUAUCGGCUCGGCUGCUACUGCAGUGUUCUGGAUACCACACAUCUCGCCCUUGUACUCUAUGUAUUCGUUCGGCG